UAGUCCUCAGAGGUCAAUCUCGCUACAGUUACAGCCACUUGUUGCCAAAUCGCUCAGAGACCGCGAACGCGCCGCGAAACCGUUUUCACAUAGCAACUAUUUCAUUGCGUGCGCGACACACAUCUAGAUGUUGAGACGGGAAUACAACCACUUCUGACUUUGUUUGGGGGAAAAGGUCACUUUUGAGCAAAUUCGUCGCAGUUGACGGGAGAAGCAUGGUUGACAACGCGAGCAUAGCAACUAAAUCUGCACUGCAAGCCGCUUUCUCGUCGGCGAACACUCUUCCUCUGCUGGUCAGCUCCUCCGGCGCUCAGAGCGGCGGCGGUGGAAUGAAGCUGGAAGCGGUCAUGGAGAAUCUCCAGCGGCAGCAGGCGGCUCGCCUCGCUCUGGAGGAAAAGCUCCGACAAGCCGAGAAAGAGAAAGACAUCAGGUCUAUGGUGGAGUCCCAGAUCCAACAACAAGCUCUCGCUUUCCGCCACUAUCAAGCAGCUGUCAGAGGCGCGUUCGCCGGGGGAGCCCCGAAAUCGCCCAUGGCGAGCUUAGGACACCCGGCUGAGCGCAUUGCCGACUCUGACAUAGAUGACGAUGAUGACCCAGAUCUGGACCGCGGCAUGGAUGAUGAGGAUCGAGAUCUGGAAGAGGAGGACAGUAUGAACGAGGGCGGUGGGGAUGAAGAUUUAGAAGGACCCCUUGCUCAUUACCCACCACGUCACGCUCUUUAUCCCGGUUUGGGACAAUCUCCGAAAAGUACGCCGGUACAUCUGUCCAGAGUCCAGCCUCCGUAUCCAGCUCCGAGACGGACCGAAUCGCCGAAUGGUUUGGCACCGCAAGCACAAUCGCAGCACCACGAAUGGACUUAUGAGGAGCAGUUCAAACAGUCAGGGCACAGCAGCGGGCAGGAGAGGAAGCUGAAAGAUUCAGGCGUUGCUUUCUGUGGUGGUGGCUCUUCGUCUCUCAUUCAGGAGCUGUACGAACUAGACGAUGACGAGAAAAGAAAAGAGUUUCUUGAUGACCUCUUCAGUUUCAUGCAGAAAAGAGGGACUCCUGUGAAUCGGAUUCCUAUCAUGGCCAAGCAGGUGUUGGAUCUCUACACACUCUACAAGCUUGUCACAGAAAAAGGCGGCUUAGUGGAAGUCAUCAAUAAGAAAAUAUGGCGGGAGAUUACCAAAGGCCUGAACCUUCCUACCUCCAUAACCAGUGCGGCUUUCACCCUCCGAACGCAGUAUAUGAAGUACCUCUAUCCUUAUGAAUGUGAAAAGCGGGGACUUAGCUCUCCCGAGGAGCUGCAGGCAGCUAUUGACAGCAACAGACGUGAAGGGCGGAGACAGAGUUAUGGCUCCACCCUCUUCAACUACUCGCCCGUUGGCACCCCUACAUUGAUGGCUUCGCCCAAACUCCAAAUGCCCCACAUCAGCAUGUCCAUUCCCAAUGGUGGGCACAUGACUCAGACCCCAAUAAUAAAGAAAGAAGACUCUAUGCUCUCCAACUGCCUGACUAACAGGAUGGGAAUCCCUAUGUCUUUGGUCGGCCACCACAGUGCAGCCCAAGCCGCCGCGGCCCAGGCUGCAGCCGCAGCAGUGCAGGCAGCUGCAUUGGAGCAACUGCGGGAGAAGCUGGAGUCUGGAGAACCACCCGAAAAGAAGGUGAUGCUUAUGGCAGAGGAGCAGCAGAGAAUAAUGCAGCACGCUUUGCAGCAGAAUAUCUUCGCCAUGGCAUCCCAACUACCCAUGAAUAUCAAACUGAACAACAGAGAUGAUAGACAAGAGACUGCAUUGAACCUGUCUACCAACGGCAUUAGCAGCAUCAACAUGUCAAUAGAAAUAAAUGGGGUUGUCUACACAGGGGUCCUGUUUGCCCGUAAACCAGCCAUUGGUUUCAUCCCUGGCAGUCAGCGAAUCCAUCACCAACACAGUUCUCAGGGCAAGAGUGUCAGCCCGGGCCUCAACACCCAGAUGCAGCCGUCCUCCUCCUCCUCCUCCUCCAGCACCUCCUCACACGGACCAGCCGCCUCCCCUUGAGCCUUCCAUCUGCCCCACAACUCCUCACUCAACUCCCCUCGUCCUCAGAUAAGGCAGGGUCUCAUCCUGUCGGACCAGUUUUCCCUCUGUCUUCUUCAGUGUACACUUUCUACUGUUUUUCUAAUCUGCAAUCAGGAUAGGAGUGUCCAAAAAAACGAACCAUUAAAACACAUAAAAAAAGACAUUAUCGGUAAGCUGAUCACCAACAGCUGAUAGCCGCACAUUUGAAGUGUGUUACAUUUACAUAUGCAGCAAAUGCAGCUUUUUAUUUUGUUGUUCUGAGGACGUGUUGUUCAGUGCGGAGCGACUAAAACAUCAACUGUGUGACAAUGGCAGGAACACAAGGAACGGUGUGACAUUUCAGAGGACAAAUUGUUCCUUAUGCAUUGACACGUGAUUCUUCACUUUGCUACACAGAUGCUGGAGUUUUUGUAUAGGAGUCGGUGUUGAUCAACUUUACUUUUCGCAUUCUUGAAUCCAACAGCAAGAGCUACUGUCAGCUACAACCAAAGAGAAUAAGAGCAACUUAUUAAUGGUUUAAUUUGAUUAUGUACUUUGAUGCUUUUUUAGCACCGUCACGCUUAUGAUGGCAUCGCAAAAUAUCGGAAAUAUGCGAUGGAGAGGCUAUUAUCUCAUGUCAAUAUUUCUGAAUUUAAACAAAGCACAUGCCAUUUAUCAAAGGGCAUCAAAUGAGAAAAUGAUUUACUUUACCACUGUUUGACUUUGGGGUAUUUUCUGCUGUAACAGGUCAUAUUAGAGAAAUCACCUACAGAAUUUAAAUAAAAUAUGGGAAUAUCAUAAAAUUAAGUCAGAUAUGCAAACCAGCCAUGUAGCUCGCUGUUGAAGAAAGCAGCCAGAUUAUUUCUGCUAUGUUCUCUCGUGUCUGAUUUUGGCCCCAGGCCGCGACCAAAUAUAUUCCAUUGAUUACGGAGUUAUUUGGGGAACACUUGUCGAGAAUGUUCAACGAUUUCCCACCGCCUGAGCUCAUGUUUUUAGCAACGAUUUUAAAACGUUUAUUAAAUGGUUUAGUAGACAGGAAAAACGGGUCAAGCUGGUUAAUACAGGUAUUUUAGAAGUCGGCGGGGGUUUAAAAAAGAGUUUAAAAGAGUUGAACCAGAAAAGAGGAUCUUGAGAGAAGAUUACAUGCUGUAAACCGACAGAUCCAACCAUCUUUGUUGUGAAUAGAAUCCAGUUUUUGACAAGUUACAGCAGCGCACUUGCAUUCGAGAGCUGAUCUCUCGUACUUUAUUCCAUUCUCCAUUUCGCUCACGCUCUUGUUGUGCAUCUCCUUUACUUCUCUUGUGAGGAAAAUGGGAGGAUAUUAUUGUGUCAUUUGUUUAGACUUCUGUAGACGAUUUCAAGUUGUAUUUAUUAUUGCUUUUAUUCUCUAUCUAUCAUGUUGAUUCUUGGGCUUUCAGUGACUGUUUAGUGAAAAUCACUUUUAUUUAAAAGAAAGGAAAAGACUUUACAGGCGAUACCUCAGAAUUCCUGUAAACAGAUUAUGAAUACAAGAAAUACCUCAUUUAUUUCAUUUCUAUCAUUUUAUGAUGAAGCCACUUGAAAAUGGAUGUUUUUCAACAGAUCACUGGAUUUUUUUCUAUUUUGUAUUGUUUUACCAAAGAAGGGAAUAUAUAAUGAACACACAUCUACCUCAUUUGUUAUAGACUGUGCCAACCACACGAUCACAGCAGCCAGUUUUUUGAUAAUAGCCUUUCUCCUCCAAAAUCGUUUAUGUUUGCAUGACUUCUGCUGCAAAACCAGAGGCUGGACCACACAGGGCUGUAGACACAUCAUUUGCAUCACUCGUUCGUUUCUGUCUGUGGCAUUUUGUUAUGCUUGGUGGAAAAGGUAAUACCAGAAGGAUUCUAUUUUAUGUAUACAACUGCUCCCAUUGAUUUAUUUUUGAGGUUUUGUAAAUGAGAUCAUGAAUCAGAUCUGAAAUACGCCUCAAUAUAUCUUCUGCAAUGUAUCGAAGUUAAGCUGCAGCUAUUGGCAUUUUAAGUUAAUUGUUUCGUCUACCAUCACGGUCCGCAGCCUUUGGAUGUUCUAUUGAUGCUAGUCUUUGAUUCACUCAUCAUUUCUAUUCACAACAUAAUGUGGUUUUCACCAAAUAUAUAGCCUAAACCAAAACUAACGAAAAAAUAUGUAUCUUCUUUUGUACAUUCUCUUAGACGCAAUGUGAAUGUGGAAACAUGCUCUUGUGAUAGAACUUUUUUAAAAAUACCAAAGGUCUGGGUUGACCAUAUUUUGGGGUUCAUCAUUAUAUGCCCUAGCGUUGUCACCGUGUCAACCCGAACUUUUAAUGUCAAGCAGCAGAGACGUUUUUAUUCCUUCCCUGCUGUGGCAAAACUUGAUAUUAAGCAAUUGGAUCAAACUGUUUUCAAAGAAAAGGCCAAGUUUGUUUCUGUCCAAAUAAGGAAAUCUACGAAUGUAAUAUCAAGACGUUCAGCACAAUGCAAUGCUUACUGAAACAAGUAAACCUGAGCAUCAUUUUGUUGUUGUAUAGGUGCAAGAAUGAAUAUAUAGAAAUAUAUAGUCUAUAUUUAUGUGGAAUAACAGAGGGCACAAUCAAUGCACAAUUGUCUGAUUCCUGUUGUCCAAUGUAAUUUACCUCUUGAUCAGCACGUGAAGAGACUUUGCUCUUCACGUGGUUGUUUGUUCUCUCUUCAGUCCAUGUUACUUCACUGCAAAACAGAUCUUGGACAAACUCUGGUGUGCUUAUUGACUGUAAAACAAAACCACGAAUCAAAAUGAUUCCAUAACCAAAGCUUCUACAGACCCGUGCUUGCAGGCUUACUGUCAAAAUAGAUGACAAUGUGUGAAAGUUGUUCAUAGAGACUAUCGUUUUGAUAAAGGUUAAGAAAAAAAUAUUCACUUUCGUGCUUAAAAAAAUAACAUGUUAUUUACUUUGUUUAGCUAUGUCAACAAUGCUAUGCUGGUAGAUUUUAGAUUCUAUUAUUCGCUGUGUAUAAUGCUUCUUUUCCUUUCAUUCACUUUUUGGAUAAAUCCAGUGCAUUAUGGGAAAGCUGGAUUGUGGUGCUCAGGGGUUAAAAAGGAAAAAAAAACAGGUGAAAGAUUUUGUUUUGUUUGUUUGUUUUGCCAUUGACUUGUAGCAUAAUUAGUAAUAAAGUACUGCUUUCCACUUCAACGA